AUGGACAUUAAAAGAGAAGAACAAGAUAAGAAGAAGCUCGACAGUGAUGAAAUCGAAAAAUACAUGAACAUCAGCUCAACACUUCCGAAAAGAAAUGGCUGGGGAACAACUUUUUAUCAAUACAAAGGCUUCUGGUACCCCCACGGUUAUGUUCUUGGCAAAUUAUUAGCUGAAGACAUUUUCAAAGCUCAACCUUCCGACAUCAUCCUAUGUUCCUUUCCUAAAUCAGGCACAACUUGGCUUAAAGCGCUCGCUUUCGCCAUAGUCACACGCUCCGAUGAUCACUUCGCAGGCCGUAAAAGCUUUCCACACGACGCUGUUCCGUUUAUAGAAGUUGAUGAAGUUCCGAAUCCAAGGAGAAUUCCACUUGUUGCUACUCAUAGUAGCUACUCUUCUUUGCCACCUUCCAUUGCGGAUUCGGGUUGUAAAAUUGUUUACAUAUGUAGGGAUCCGAAGGAUGUGUUUGUAUCGUUUUGGCACUUCUUUAAACAGUUUUCUUACGUUAAGGUUGAAGAUUAUCCUAGUCUAGAGCAAGGGUUUGAGCUAUUCUGCGACGGAUUUGUUUCCGCUGGGCCGUUUUGGGAACAUGUUUUAGAGUACUGGAAAGCGAGUUUAGAAUUUCCGGAGAGAGUUUUGUUUUUGGUGUAUGAAGAAAUGAAGAAGGAUACUAUUUCCGUCGUUAAAAAGCUGGCCGAGUUCAUGGGAUAUCCUUUUAGCAUUGACGAAGAGAGUCGAGAUUUGGUGCAAAAAAUCAUAUCUUCUUCGAGUUUUGAUGCUUUGAGUAACAUGGAUGUUGUAAAAAAUGGAGAGCGAUGGUCCAAUAAUGAGUUUAUUCCCUUUAGUCUUCCUAAAACUUCUUUCUUUAGAAAAGGCGAAGCCGGGGAUUGGAAGAAUCAUCUUACGGAGGAGAUGGCACGCCGUUUGGAUCAAAUAACUCGGGAAAAACUAGGCGAAUUUGGUUUUACUUAUUUUUCCGAGUGA